AUGACUGAUGAUAAGGCUCCAAAUGAUGGAUACACAACAAACUCCAAUUCACCGUCACUUAGGUCAAGGUCGGCUUCCAGUUUAAGUGAACAUAAUAUCAAUAGUCUGAGCUAUGGUGGUAAUGAAUCUCUGUCUUCCAUGGUUCCAGAGACUGUGCUGAAAAGACUGACCCCUUUGAAAAGAACUAAACUGGAAAGAAGUCUGAAUGAAUCAUCAAUUACAGCCGACUCUGCAAAAUCAAUAUAUACCCACAAAGUUAAACUGAUCAGAACCGAAGCUAGGCUGUCAAAUAUACUGGCUGCUGAAAGGGUUGAACAGCUGAAACGUAUGAAAGAAGAACAUGCUGAGCAAAAAAGAAAAGAAAUUGAAGAGAAACAACUGAAUGCUGAAAGAAUUCGAAAUGAUAAUAUUUCAAAAAAGCGUGAAGCUGCAGGUAAAUUUGCUAGGGAUAAGCUGAUCCAUGGUAUUCAUAAAGUUAAAGCUGAUGAUAUUGAAGUUGUGAGCUCGGAUGGUUCUGAAACAUCAAGUGAACGUGAUCAAUCUUAUUCCGGCUCUAGUAACUCAAUAGAAGUUGAUCCUUUGCUGGUCAAGUAUGCCAAUAUAAUCAAAGGAGCUUUCAGAAGAAAACAUGCGGUUGCGUUUCUAAAGCAUCACCCAUUAAUUAUUGAAGUGGAUAGAAAAUUUGGACAUAAGAAACUCGUUAAAAAAGGUUGGAGGCCUAUAUUGGAUCGAAUCUCAGAUUCAAAAUUCCGUGAAUUUUUAAAAUGGUUGUUAAACUCCCUUGAAAUCCCAAGCUAUGACGAUUCUGGUUGUAGUUCAUUAGGGUCUACAAUUGCUGCUUUGCUGAUUUUUUGGAGUAACGCAUGUUAUACGAAACCAGAGAUAAACUAUAAUCUAGAUACAGAUGAAAACAUUUUGCAUCUUGGACUCGGUGAACUGGCUAAAGAAGUUUAUUCAGGUUAUGGACUUAAAGAUUUUGAAAAGCUUCAUUACUAUGAUGACAAAUUCAGCAGUUAUAUUUUACAGAAGGUAGUCCAUGCAGCUGAGAUAUUUUUGGUGAGCUUUAAAAGAAUAAUAUUUUGCAAAAUUAUACCAAGCCGCUCAGACAAUUUGAGAUUAGAUUUCAUUAAGGAUUUCAAGAACUUUACCAAUUUAUUGUAUCUAUUCAAAGAUGAUCAUUCAAAAAGACUGUUUAUGGUGCAGUUGAAGGUACUGGAUGACUUACUGUCAUCUCUAGCUAUCCAAAAACAUAUAUCUAACUCCAGUGAUCUGAUUCAUAAUAACUUGUCAUCUGAAACAAAAGAAACAACAAAACUGCUGGAAACUCAUAGAGCUGAUGCAUUAAACCAACUGUCACAACUGAAAAUCACUUUCAAUAGAUAUCGAGAUAUCUAUAAUUCACAAAGUUUCAGCUGGAUAAACAAUAACAAUCUUGAUCAAAGCAGAAGUUAUAUCUACGAAGAAUACAAGUUAGAGUUAAAUAUAUAUCUCUUUAUAGGAUCAAAAAUUGUUGUUCCUUUUGGUUUCACACCUCAUAGCUGGAUUGAACAUCAAUAUGAAAAAUUAAACAAAAUUUAUGACGAUAAAGUCAAAGGAUCUGGUGACCAUUCGAUUCCUAGAUCAAUGAAGUCAGGUAGAUUAAGACGGGGCUUCUAUAAAAGUGUAUUUGAAUCGAUUUUGGAUUGGUCAGAGGAAAAAAAAUAUGAAAUAAAGAAGAUGCUUUUGAAUUUUGAAGGUCAAGAAUUCGAAACACCAGAAAAGUUUAAGUGGUUCGCAGUGUGUUUUUUAACUGAAAUUCUUAAUAACAGCUAUUUCUGCAAUACUUUUUUAGAGCUCCCUUAUUCAAAACCUAUAUUCUUAGCAAUAGAUGAAGCAUCCGCAAAGCGUCAGUUCAAGCAUCUGAGAGCUGAUCAGCUCAUGAAACAACCAUUAGAUGGUUUGACCUUCAUAGUUUUUAAUCUAUUGAGCAGAUCAUACAAACACUUCUUUUUAAAUCCUUCAAAUUCAUCUGAAACAGAGUUGAUUAAAAUUUUUACACAGUUUAUGUCUGAAAGAUGGCAGUUUGAAACUUGGAUAGAUAAGAAGUUUGAUAUGUAUUUCUUACUCAGGUUGAUGAGGGCUGCCUGGAAAAGAAUCUGCUCCCUUCAAUACUGUGAAGCUGAUGUUAUUGCUAAACAUUUUCUUCCAUCGAGUUAUGGUGGAUCUUCAGACACAGAUCUAAACCUUUUUACCUAUUUUGCAUUUUACUGGAACAAAGAUAGUCAUUUUUUAUUCACUUUAAAUAAUUCAUCAAGUGAAAUUAAAGCUAUGCGUUGUCUUUUGAUCUCUUUGAAGCGGGAUACUAUGAAAAUAUUUCCGUUGAUAAGUUUUGAUGCUCAAGAUUAUAGGCAACAGAUAAUUGAAUGUAUUUUAAAGUUGAUAAUAAGAAAAAUACGUUCUAUUCGUGCUCCCAGAUAUACUGUUAGAUCGUUAGAUAUGAUGAAUGGACAGCUGGAUGUUUUGCUGAACAGAUUAAAAAUCCUCUUACAAGCUGCAUCCAUGCAAAAUUUCCUUAGUCGUUAUUUCUUCAUGAAAUGUCCUUUAUUACAACUAGGUAAAACUAAGCAUUUUAGAGCAAGAGAAACAAUGCAGGUUCUUUAUCCAGGGUCUGUUUCUUUAACUGAAACUCUAUAUGAUCAUUUCAAAGACAAAAUAGAUAAUAAUACCAAAGACAGUGUGCAAGUGGAUGAUCAAAAACAAAUCACUGAUAUUGUCAAGAUGCUUGUAUCCCAAAAAAUUGAAGAAGAUUAUAGGCUUUCUUCAAUAUUUGAUGAUUCUAAUGGAGAUGAUAAAUAUGAUAGAGCUACAACAAAAUCCGAAUUUCUUCAUAAAAACUUCAACGAUAAUAAAUUUUUGAGUGAAUGUAUUUCAAAAUGUUCUGAUUCUGAAUCCUUCCGUGAUAGAGUCAUGUUUCUUGUCUUCAAAAGUGUUGGCUAUGAAAUGGAAUAUCCAUAUGAUGAUACUACCAAGCUUUUUAAUGGUAAGUGUGAGGGUAUUGCUGAUGAUUUGAUGUAUGAUUUUAAAAGAUUAAUUGAUGUGAAUCUUGACGUUUUUGAUGUCUUUUAUAAGGAAGCAUACAUUUCUUAA